UUGAGUUACUAUGGAAACGUAAAUGUUUUUCAAUGUGUUCAUUUAAUUUUGUCAGAGAAAAAUUUUUGUGAAAAUUGUUAAUAAAUUUGUUUUUGUUUACCUAAUUUUUUUAAAGUAGAAAGUCGAUUAAUCAUUAAUCAGAAUGGGUAAAACGAGAGGUAAGAAACCAGCCCAUGAGGGUUUCCAGAAAGGUAAUCAUUCAAUGAAUCCUGAUCGUCCAAGGGAUCCCAAGCAAGGAAACCUUCGGGAUAGAGCGACAAUCAAGAGGCUAUUGAUGUACAAAAAUUCAAAGCCAAUUCGAGAUAGAAAGGGUAAAAUAGUUAAAGCUGCUCCAUUCCAAGAUUGGCUUCCAUCUGGUAGUGUUUCAAGAAUCGCUCCUAACCAAAAAUGGUUUAAUAACACCAGAACUAUAACUCAAUCAGCUCUUCAGAGUUUCCAAGAAGAACUUGGGAAAGUCAUCAAAGAUCCUUACCAAGUUGUUAUGAGACAAACCAAUCUACCAAUCACUUUAUUGAAUGAAAAAUCUAAAAAUGCUAAUGUUCACAUUCUAGACACUGAUUCAUUUAAUAAUACAUUUGGUAAAAAGGCUCAGCGUAAGAGACCAAACUUGAAAAUUAAUUCAUUGGAUGAAUUGGUAUCAAUAGCAGAUAAAAAGGCCGAAGUUUAUGAUGCCGAUAAAGACAAAGAUUUGGUAUCCGAGAUUUUUAUUCCAAAAGAUGAGGUUAGAGAAGCAAUAAUGAAAAAAGGUACAUCAAGACGUAUUUGGGGAGAAUUAUUCAAAGUUAUUGAUUCUAGUGAUGUUAUUUUACAAGUUUUGGAUGCGAGGAAUCCUAUGGGCACUAGGUCACUUCAUGUGGAAAAGUUUUUAAAGAAAGAAAAACCUCAUAAACAUUUGGUUUUAAUCUUGAACAAAUGUGAUUUAGUUCCAGUUUGGGUCACUCAGAGAUGGGUCACAAUUCUGUCAGCAGAAUAUCCAACUAUGGCUUUCCAUUCAUCCAUUAAAAAUCCAUUCGGCAAAGGAGCUUUGAUUGAUCUAUUGCGACAAUUUGGUAAAUUGCAUCAAGAUAAGAAACAAAUCAGCAUCGGUUUAAUUGGAUAUCCAAACGUUGGUAAAAGCUCUGUGAUCAACGCAUUACGAGGGAAAAAAGUUUGUAAUGUUGCUCCAAUCGCUGGUGAAACUAAAGUUUGGCAAUUCAUCACUUUGAUGAAACGAAUAUUUCUUAUUGAUUGUCCAGGUAUUGUUUACCCGACUGACGAUGAUGACACCGAUAUUGUUUUAAAAGGUGUAGUUAGAGUUGAAAAUAUAAAAACUCCAGAAGAUCAUAUUGAAGAAGUUCUCAAUAGAGUGAAACCUGAAUAUGUUACUAAAACUUACAAAAUCGAUUCUUGGACAAAUGCUGAAGAUUUUCUGUCAAAACUCUGUGAACGUACUGGCAAAUUAUUGAAAAAGGGUGAACCGGACAUUUCGACUGCGGCAAAAAUGGUUUUAAAUGAUUUCCAACGUGGUAAACUUCCGUAUUUCGUGAAACCACCAACCUUAGAGACUGAUGACAAAAAGGAACCAGAGAAAACAACUCAAGUCACUCAAUCAGUUAAGCAGAGACUCAGUAAGAUCCAAGUCGAACCUGCUUUCGAUGAAGAUGAUUGUAAAACUAUUGUUGAAGACGAAACAGCAUAUGAUUCAGACAAUGAAAACGACGAAAUUGAUGAUGACAGUGAAAUGGAAGCAAUUGAAGAAAUCGAUGAUCGCCCUGAACCUGAACCCGAACCUGAAGAAAAGAGAGUUAAACUAAACAGUAAACAAAAACGAGCACUUGAUAGAGCUCAAAAAUCUAAGAAAGUCGGUGUUCAUUUCUACGAAAACGUUGAUGUCAAGAAUCGAAGAUCUAAAAAACGUAAAUCAACUGGAUAAUCUAUUGAAUUGUGAAUACAUGUACAUCUAAAUUAAAAAAUCAUCAAAUGCCUUCGA